AAUAUGGACUGCUACUUGUUUUUAGUCAAAUUUAUUAUGGGCCUUUGAUUCAAUGCAAUUACAUAGAAAUAUACAUUAUGUAGAGAGUAAAGAACACGACGCAACAAGAUUAUUAAUUAUAUAUGGAGAUACUGAGAAUGUGCCAGUAGCAUAUAAUGCUCUAAGUUUAACCCAAACAUGGUCCUUAAAUUUUUUGGAAAUCUGUGAUCAAUGGUUGAGUCAGUAAAAAGUGAGGUUACAUGGCUUAUUUCGAAAUUAGAAUUCGGAGAAUUUCAAAAAAAAAUGACCAUUAGUAAUAUGAUGCUUGUUAAAAUUGGGGCAAUAGGGGGAGUGGCAACUGUUACAAUGGGAUUAUUAUUCCAGGGCAAAAUAAACGCCAACAUUAAGGCUACGGAAUUUUACAAAGACGCUUUAAAGACAUUAAGAAGCCACAAGGCUGCAGUACAUUUAUUAGGUGAACCUAUAAAAGAUGCCAUGAUUGAUAUUGGCAAUGAGAAGAAAAAUUAUGCUAAAGAGAAUGUUGCCAAAUAUGAAGUACCCGUAAAGGGACCCAAGCAAAGAGGAACACUUUAUUUCUGGGCUGAACGAAAGAAUCCUGAAAGUAAUUGGAACGUUUACAGAAUUGAACUGGAAGUUGCAAAUGAUUCAACUAAAAGAUUACUUCUUAAAUCUACCUCUCCUGAUUAAUUAAUUCAAAUAUUGUAUAUUGGUGAAUAACAGUGAUUUUAUACAUAAAUUGACUAAUUGUGAAGACUUCAAGAUUGAAUUAGAGAAUCCUUAUUGAAAAUUUUGGCAACAACUCACUUUCUUGGAUAUCCAGAUAAAAUGGUGUAUCUUAUAUUAUUGUCAUUUCAAAUUUGUUCUAGUUUAUUAAAUGAUGUAAACUGAGUUCGUCUUGUAAUUACAAAUAAAACAUAUAAGUACUAUUUUUAU